CUGGCCCCUCAGGAGCGGCCCCUCUCGGCUGUCGCUACCGCCCGGUCUGUUUGAUGUCCAUCGCAUCGGCCUGCUGUCUCAGUUUCACAGCAUCCUGUCUCCGCACGGCGCAGUGACCCUUCCCCCGGCCCGGGCGAUCAGGUUGCUGACCCGCAGCCAUGUCCACUCCGCGCGUCUUCAUCGUCCGCCAUGGCGAGACCGAGUGGUCGCUCAACGGCCGCCACACCGGGUCGACCGAUAUCCCCCUGACGGCCAACGGCGAAAAGCGGGUCCUGGCAACGGGAAAGGCGCUUGUCGGCAACGACCGUUUGAUUGUUCCCAGCAAACUGGCCCACAUCUACGUGUCUCCGAGACGGCGGGCGCAGCGAACGCUGGAGCUGCUCAACCUGGUCCACAAGGAGCAACUGCCGUGGAACGCCCAUGGCGAACCCUUCUGUGAGGGCCGCCGGUGUGAGGCCAAGAUUGAAGUCACCGAGGACAUCCGGGAAUGGGACUACGGCGACUACGAGGGCAUCACCACGCCGCAGAUCAAAGAACUCCGGAAGCAGCAGGGCCUAGAUCCUAACUGGGAUAUCUGGAGAGACGGCUGCCCAGGGGGAGAGAGCCCGUCAGACAUCACUGAGCGCCUUGACCGGCUCAUCAAGGAGAUCCGUGAGAAGUGGCAUGCGCCGGUGAUGAGCAAGCCAAAGGGGGAGGCGGCGAACGGCGACGUUCUAAUAGUCGCCCACGGCCACAUCCUCCGGGCAUUUGCGCAGCAUUGGGCUGGCCAGUCUCUUGAUGGCGGGCCUUCUUUCCUUCUAGAAGCAGGUGGUGUCGGUACUUUGAGCUACGAGCACCACAAUAUCAACGAACCAGCCAUCCUCCUCGGCGGUGCCUUCAUCGUGGACCUCCCAGAAGUGCAGCAGAAACUGAACGAGGGCGCGUGAAAUACAUGGGCUGCCUAACCUCACUAGAAUCCCUACACCACCGACACGGGCAGUCAAGCGUUCAACGAGACGCGGCCAUGGACUACUUUCUUCCUCUGAUUACCCCAUUCAUUCAGCGUUUGGAUA